AUUCGCCAUCAGCCGAGGAGAAUAAACGGGUUCUGUUUUCAUAUUUUGAAUAGAACGGUUUUUGCCCUCGAAUAUAUAAUAAAUAUAUAAACGAAAUAUUUUUUGGCAUAAACAUAUUAUUCGGUGAUAUCUCGUUAAUAAAAUAAACAAAUAUGUGUCGCUUCAGCGUAUUUCUGUGUUUGGUCGCCAUCCCAGUAAUCUCCAAUCUUGUUGGAGCUGACGCUGGAGUAGACGAAUACACUGUGGAUUCGUUUGAUUUCUUGGAUAUGCCCAAUGACUGCUACGGAAAAAACUACUGUUUUACAAAGGGUGAUUCCUACCCCCAGAAGGACAUUGACACUUUGUUAGAAAAUAUUCCCCAGGCGUUGGAGAGACUGCUAAAAGAUCGCCAAUCUUCCUACAUCCAAGAAGAUGACGAUGUCAACUGCCCAGCAAAUACCAUCUUUAAGGACAAGCCUAUUUACUAUGUCAGAGAUAGUAGUGGUGAAGUUAGAGCAGUUGUGCAGUCUGAUACAAAAUUUUUGCAGAGUUACAGUACUAAGGAAUGCUUAUAUGAGGGCAGAAUCACUAACAAAUCGCCACACCUGAAUAACACUUCUUUUGUGGAGGGACCGGUUCUUAAUAAGUUCAAUAUCACAUGUGAGACCAAGUUUCUUGAUUUCGAUUUCUUCGUUUUAAACACCGAAUACCCUGAGCCUAGAAUGGAAGUUGUAACAACCGCUAUACCCAUUGCGUGCAGAUGCCAAAUGAAUAAGUUAAAUACAAAAUUUUAUAAGCGUUAACAUCGAUAUAUGGGUAUCAAUUUUCUUUAGACAACACUGCUUACAUAAUGGAUUUGAAUAAGAUAAUAAGUAUUUAUUUAAAGUAAGUGUAAAUGUUUUUUUUUGUGAAAUAAACAAGAUUAUAAACGAA